GUGAGGGGUAAACGUGACAUGUACGGUACUUAAGCAUACAAUACCCUUCGUAUCCUCACCAGCAAGCGCAUUCGCGAAGUAGAUCGAGAGAAGAGUUGAGUCUCAGCUCUGAAGUUAAAGUUCCGAAUAACAGACGACGACAACUUAAUCACAAGAUGGACAAUCAACUAAAUGCAAGUUUUGCUUACCGAUCUGCUGGGAAACCACCGGUCGUUUGGGGCUUUCCUCCGGGUGCAUCUAUCAUCGACACAGUUCCAGAAGAUAUGCUGGAUAUGAUUCAUCCUCACUGGAAAAAAUUCCCCCCAGUCAAUCCAAUGUGGCACUAUCUACUUGGACUUCUCUACAUCGUAUUGGGUAUGGCCUCCAUCACGGGCAAUUCCUUGGUUCUUCAUCUUUUUAUGAAAACAAAAGAUUUAAAAACACCAGCCAACAUGUUUGUUGUGAACUUGGCUUUCUCCGACCUGUGCAUGAUGAUUACUCAGUUUCCAAUGUUUGUCCUCAACUGCUUCAACGGAGGAGUUUGGCUUUUUGGGCCUUUCAUGUGUGAAUUAUACGCCUGCACCGGUUCUGUUUUCGGAUUAUGCAGCAUCUGUACAAUGGCUGCCAUCAGCUACGAUCGCUACAACGUAAUCGUCAAUGGGAUGAAUGGAACGCGUAUGACGUACGGCCGAGCAGGUGCAUUUAUUCUAUUCUGCUGGGCUUACGCUAUUGGCUGGAGCAUUCCUCCUUUCGUCGGGUGGGGACGAUACAUCCCAGAAGGAAUUUUAGAUUCCUGCUCAUUUGAUUAUCUAACUCGGGAUGCAUUGACGGUUUCCUAUACUUGCUCGCUGUUUGUAUCAAAUUACUGCACGCCACUUGCCAUCAUUAUCUUCUGUUAUUACCACAUCGUAGGUGCUAUCAUCCACCAUGAGAAAGCUUUGCGCGAGCAAGCAAAGAAAAUGAACGUCACAUCACUCCGUUCCAAUGCUGACCAAAAUGCCCAGAGCGCUGAGAUUCGUGUUGCCAAAGUUGCCAUGAUUAACAUUUCCCUUUGGGUAGCUAUGUGGACACCUUAUGCUGCCAUCGUUUUGCAAGGAGCUAUCGGUAAUCAGGAGAACAUUACACCCCUGGUCACCAUUUUACCGGCCUUGAUUGCAAAAAGUGCUUCAAUCGCCAACCCCAUCAUCUACGCCAUUUCUCAUCCCAAAUACCGCCUGGCUUUGCAAACUGCUCUUCCGUGGUUUUGCAUCAACGAGAAAGCUUCCCCUGCUGGAGAAACACAGUCGCAAGCCUCUGCCUGUACUACUUCCACCAGCUAAAUGAGAUCACAUUUGGAUUGCCCUUCUUGCCUAACGCUAACGAAUCGAAAUCAAGUAUCUACUUGAAACGAAAAUUACUCAUUCUUAUGUACCUACAUGUUACAAUCUAGCUGUCGAAUCCCGUAGUGGACAGUAUUAGUGUGCUUUGGGCCAUAGUUGUGUUUCUGUGGAAGAGAAAAAUUUCUACCGUUUAGAUUAGUGAAUUGCAUUCGUUACAUUGUUGACAUACCAGACCAACAAAGUAACUAUUACGCAGCGUAAUCAAAAAAGCUUGAGAUUGCAAGCCAUUCUUUUACUGAUAUUAGUUUUAGUGAAUCAAAUUUGUCGGUGUAUGGUGUAUACAACAAAAUGACCUUAAUUUGUGACCUAAUUCGAUUUUAUGAUUAUAUGGGAGGUACUAAUUCUUAUGUUUUUAAACCACAUAUUACUGUACGCAACUAUUCAAUAUGUAACUUAAUAGGAUUAAACCCAAGCAUACAUUAAACUGUAUCUUAUUCUAUGAUUUCACAUUCAACCUUCAGAAUUUCUAAUAGACAUCAUUUUAACUUGAA